AUGGUAGAUGCGGGUUCAAAAUGGAUAGAUUGUCAACAGGUAUCUGGUCUGUCGACGAAAGUAGCAUUGAAUAAGGUAAAAGACUUCGUAAGUAAAUAUGGAUUAAUGAAGACCUUAGUAUCAGAUGGUGGUCCAGCAUUUAUAGGCAGAAAAUUUGGCAAAUUUUGUGAUAGAUGGAAGAUUGAGCAUUUAUUAGCACCACCACAUUACUCAAGAAGUAAUGGACAAGCGGAGAGAAUGGUAGCUAUAGUUAAGAGUUGGUUAAAAAAGGAAAAAUAUGGAGAAGGAAAAUGGUGGUUAUUACUAUUAGCGUACAACAAUACCAAGAGAAGCAAAGGAUACUCAUCAGCAGAGAUAUUUUUAGGUAGAAAAACUAGAACUGAGAUUUUCUGA